GAGGAAUCCGCCAGUCCUUUUCAGAAGGGGGGAGAGCAUCACAGAGAAAGCGCUCUCUAGCUUCGGAUACCGUGUAACGACUCGGACGAAUUCACAUCCCAACAUCAACCAGAGCAGGGGUCAGCGGACCAACGCAUACAACCUGGGAAAUUGGGGGAUUACAUUUUUCUUUUAAAUGGAUUCCUCUGGACAUUUCCUUCGUCGAAAGAAGACCUCAUCAAAUUGACUUCAUAGACACAGAGUCAUUACGCUGGUCACCCAAGAAGAGCCUAGAGGACUGGGAUGAAGACUCCGGAGGAGCCGCCCUACCUGACAGUGGGCACUGAUGUCAGCGCCAAGUACAGAGGUGCUUUCUGUGAGGCCAAGAUUAAGACUGCCAAGAGACUGGUCAAGGCCAAGGUGACCUUUAAACCAGACCUGACCACAGUGGAGGUCCAUGAUGACAGCAUCCAAGGCCCUCUAAAGGUUGGUGCUGUAGUAGAGGUGAAGAACCCUGAUGGAGUGUACCAGGAAGCCUCCAUCAACAAGCUGACAGACUGCAGUAUAUACACUGUUGUGUUUGAUGAUGGUGAUGAGAAGACACUGAGGCGUUCCUCUCUCUGCCUGAAAGGAGCACGUCACUUUGCAGAGAGCGAGACACUAGAUCGCCUCCCUCUCACCAACCCUGAGCACUUCGGCACUCCUGUCAUCGGCAAGAAGGGGAACCGGGGACGCAGGUCCAAUCCAGUUCAGGAGGAGGAGCCAUCUUCAUCGUCCAGUGAAGAGGAGGAGAGUGGGAGACAGAAUGAAGAGCUGUUUGGGAAGGUGGUGUGUGUUGAGGGGUUAAUAAAGGAUAAUAAACAGAUCCUCUGGUUCCCCCACCAGGUCAUCACCCCAGACUGCCAUGAAGAGGCCAUCAUAAAGAAAGACAGCAUCUUCAUCCGCUCCUUCAAGGAUGGAAAAUUUAACACAGUGCUGAGGAAGGACGUGAGGGUGAUGGACACAGACUCCCCUCCUAAUGCUGACGCAGGGCUCAAACCAGCGCUGGAUGAGGCUCUGGAGUUUGUGCAUCAGGCGGCAGUGCCCAGCUCCUGGAGGACAGAGGUGAAGGACGAGAGUUCCAGCAGUGAGGAAGAUGAUGAUGAUGAUGAGGAAGAACAGGAGGAAGACGCCAGCGAUGAAGAGGAGGAGGAAGUGGAGCCCUUCCCUGAGGAGAGGGAGAACUUCUUGCAGCAGCUAUACAAGUUCAUGGAGGACAGAGGAACCCCCAUCAACAAGAAACCAGUGCUGGGCUACAGGAACCUGGACCUCUUCAAGCUCUACAGACUGGUGCAGAAACGCGGAGGCUUCCAUGAUAUUGAGAGUGGAUCCGUAUGGAAGACUGUCUACCAGGCUCUGGGAAUCCCUGUGCUUAACUCUGCCGCCGGCUACAACGUCAAAUGUGCUUACCGCAAGUACCUGUAUGGGUUUGAGGAAUACUGCACCUCCUGCGUCAUCACUUUCCGUAUGGACCUACCCCUGAAGCAGCCCAAGGCGGAGGGGGAGAGUGGGGAGGCAUGGUCAGGGGGAGCCACUUCCGUCCCCCCUGUAGCCUCCUCCAGCUGUGGAGAGGAACAGAAGCAGAAUGUAUCUGAGAAAUCCUCAGCGAGCUCAGAGACCAGCAGCGCUCAGCCUGACAUCUACAAGGAGGAGAAGACUGAGCUGACCAAGGACAAACCUGAGGCAGAACCUUUGAAGCCUGUGCAGCGGAUGGCUGAAAGGGAAGGUGAUGAUGACAAUGAGGAAGAAGAUGAUUGUCACAAGCAUGAGUCUGAUGAUGAAGACUGGCCUUCAUUUGCUCGCCUCAGAGUGAAGCUGGAACCUUACGAUGAGGAGCAGGAGGAAGGGAAGGAGGAGGACAUCACGGGGUAGGUGGUUCUCUCUCCCUGGGACUGGGAAGGAGGAGGACAUCUCUGGGUAGGUGGUUCUCUCUGCCUGGGACUGGGAAGGAGGAGGACAUCUCUGGGUAGGUGGUUCUCUCUCCCUAGGACUGGGAAGGAGGAGGACAUCUCUGGCUCUGGGGAUGAGAGCUGCAGUCGGGAGGGCGAUGGUGGUGAUGAGGAUCUGGGGGAGGAAGGGGAGGAGUUUGAGUGUUAUCCCCCGGGGAUGAAGGUGCAGGUGAGGUAUGGUCGUGGUCGCAGCCUGAAGACGUACCAGGCCACUGUGAAAGAUGCUGACGUGGAGGGGGGAGAGGUGCUCUACCUGGUUCACUACUGUGGCUGGAACGUCAGAUAUGACGAAUGGGUCAAAGCCGACAAGAUUGUCCGUCCGGCCAAUAAGAAUGUUCAGAAGAUCAAGCAUCGCAAGAAAAUAAAGAACAAAGCGGAGAGAGAGCGCAACCGCCUCGAACGACUGAACCAAGACCUGGGGAGUCCGUCCCCCAACAACCUACGUGUCCCCCGCCCCUCCUCCAAACUCCUCGGCCCUGGCUAUGGCUCAUGUCCCGGCUUGGCCCACGAGCUCCAUGUCUUCUCCAAGAUGGAGGACGCCUCAGAUAGUUCAACAGAUGACAUUGAUCACCAGGAUGAGGAGGGUGAUUGUGAAGACGAAGAUGACCGUCCAGGGGGGCGCUGCGGUCUCAGAAAGGGGGGUACCCCAGAACAUGUCAAAAAGGGGGGUACCUCAGAACAUCUCAGAAAGGGGGUACCCCAGAACAUCUCAGAAAGGGGGGUACCUCAGAACAUCUCAGAAAGGGGGGUACCCCAGAACAUCUCAGAAAGGGGGGUACCCCAGAACAUCUCAGAAAGGGUGGUACCCCAGAACAUCUCAGAAAGGGUGGUACCCCAGAACAUCUCAGAAAGGGGGGUACCCCAGAACAUCUCAGAAAGGGGGUUCCGCCCGAACCACCUCACGCGAAAUGGCCAAGAACCAAUCAACAAAGAUGCCCCGGAGGCGGUGAAAUGGCGAAGCCAACCAGUGUUUGAGGGUGAGAGGGAGGGGCCGGGUAGCUCUGCCUCGAGGAAGAGGAAGUCAGAGGGAGCAACCCGGGAGCGGUCGGAACGCACCCCUAAAGGACCCCUGUCCAAAACCAAGCUCCCCACCCGGAGCAUCAGGAACGCUGACUGGCUGUCGAGAGACCCCAGGAAGGGAGGAGGAAGGCCAGGGGAGGAGAGAGGAGGAGGAAGAGGGCCAGGGGAGGAGAGAGGAGGAGGAAGAGGGCCAGGGGAGGAGAGAGUCGGACCAGCAGGAGGAGGCUCUUCUAGUAGCAGCUCUGACGAUGAGGGCGGAGCACCACCUCCCACUGAUACCAAACAAUCAGAGACCGACCGAGAGAGAGAGCAACCCAGUUCCUGUCCAAAAUCCAAACCUUCCCCCUCCAAGAAGUACAACGGCAUGAAGGACAAGACCGACAAAAGAGGCGGGAGUGGCAAUGGCGCCCGCCCUGCGGGAUUCUGGGAUAUUCCUGAGAAGAGGGCCAAGAUGGCUGCUACAGUGGAUGAGAGGGAGAGGCAGGUGGGUGGGGGGCGCACCAAGGGCCAGAAGGAUGUGUGGUCCAGUAUUCAGGCCCAGUGGCCCAAGAAGACCCUGAAGGAGCUGUUCUCUGACUCCGACACAGAGGCUGCUAACUCCCCUCCUCCCCCUGGAACGGCCCAGUCCUUCUCAUCAGGCCUGGAGGAGAGGGAGAGUAAGGGGGAGCGGAACGGGGAUGGAGACGAGGCAGGAGGAGGCCCGGAGAGGGAGGACCCUGGGACCUCAGAGGAGAACCAGGAGAAGGAGGAGCAGGAGGAGUUCCCCCCCAGCGGCUCUAACUCAGUACUCAACACCCCUCCUACAACCCCAGAGUCCCCCUCCAUGGAGGGUAUUAGUAGUGGAGCCAUUGCGCAAAGCUCUGGGACUGGUUCAAACUGGACUCAGCCCUCCUCUCCUCCCCUCUCCACAGGGACCCCUGCACUGUGUAAAACCCCUUCCUCUGACCCCCUGACUCCAGGAUACCCCAACCCCCUCACUCUGAGGUUGACUCCAGGACACCCCAACCCCCUGACUCCAGGACACCCCAACCCCCUGACUCUGGGGUUGACUCCAGGACAACCCAACCCCGACACCCCAACCCCUGACCCCAGGACACCCCAACCCCUGACUCCAGGACACCCCAACCCCCUGACUCUGGGGUUGACCCCAGGACACCCCAACCCUCUAACUCCAGGACACCCCAACCUUCUGACCCCAGGACACCCCAACCCCCUGACCCCAGGACACCCCAACCCCCUUCCGGGUCACAGUGAGACAGAAAGCAGUACGGUGGACGUGGAGAGUCUGGACCAGGACUUACCCCCAGUGUCUGCCAGUCACAAGCGUCAGAAGGAACAGCAGGCAGGUGGAGCAGCAAAGAAACCCAAGCCAAACAGAAAGAGCUCAGUGCCUCCCAAGAAGAACAACAGGAAAACUGCCCACAGCAGUGACAGUGAAGACCAGUUAGUGGGUGAGAGUAUGGCUAAGUCUUCAGCCUCCAAGACCCAUGGUGCAGCAGACAUGAAGGGGUCCAUCUCCUCCAAGUGUCUCAGCCAGGGACAGGUUGAGGGACACACACCUCCAUCCAGCCAGAAGUACCACAAGGAGCAGCAGCAUGGGUACCCUGACCACAGAGCGCACCAUGGCAGAACAGCAUCCGUCUACAAGUGGAGCGUCCAGAUGUCGGACCUGGAGAAGAUGUGUAGUCUGGAGAGGAUCUCCUUCCUCCAGGAGAAGCUGCAGGACAUCAGGAACCACUACCUGUCUCUCAAGUCUGAGGUGGCAUCUAUCGACAGACGACGCAAACGCAUCAAGAAGAAAGAGAGUGAGAGUACAGUGGCUGCAUCUUCCUCCUCCUCCUCGUCCCCGUCCUCCAGCUCUCUAACAGCAGCGGUGAUGUUGACACUAGCUGACACUCCUGUGUCGACCUCUUCCUCCUCUCAGAACUCUGUGGUGUCUGUAGAGUGUAGGUGACAGGACACCCCUCACCCUCCCAACCUUCUGAGGCCCAGGACACAGCACUGAGCACCUAACCAGCACCACCCUGGUCCAACACCCAGGCCCCGUCAGCAUCCACCCAAGACACACAACGUUUCCCCAGGCCCCAUAACCUCCACCUAUACCCUAUAUUCACCCUGACCCAACAGAACAGCCCCCAACCAGGCACCAUCACCCUCAUCUCCACCAAUCCCAUGCCCAACUGACAACCCACCCAAGCCCCUCCACACCAACACCCUUCCAACAGAAGUGACAACCCACCCAGGCCCCUCCACACCAACACACUUCCAACAGAACUGACAACCCACCCAGGCCCCUCCCCAACACCACUCCAACAGAACUGACAACCCACCCAGGCCCCUCCACACCAACACCCUUUCAACAGAACUGACAACCCACCCAGGCCCCUCCACACCAACUUCCACACUGUAACUACAGCAGGGACCAGAGGCGACAGAGAAACAAACAAGACGAAAAGCACAAUUUUAUGUCCACAGCUGUUGCUUUGGCAAGCUAAUUGCACUCAAGUGCACUCUUAUGAUGAUUGGGUGGAAGAAUACAAUGACAACAAAACGACAAACGUGUUUUUUCUUAAAUUGAUAGACAUUUAUAAGAGUUGUUUUCUAAAAGCUAUAAUUAUAUUAUGUCUGAGGUGGUUAUUUAAUAUGGGUUAGGAAUGUUGUGUACUAUGUAGUCAAUGACAUCUUCUGUUGUAGCCUAUACAGAAUGUCAAUGCCACAUUGGCAUUGUGUGUACUCAAAGUAACCUUGCAACUUUUUUUCUCUGUCCCCCUCCGCUCUCUGUCCCCCUCCGCUCUCUGUCCCCCUCCGCUCUCUGUCCCCCUCCACUCUGUCCCCCUCCUCUCACUCUCUUGAUCCCGAAGAUUUAUAGCAUUAGACUGUAGGUCAGAGUAUGAAUGAGAGACAGGUUAUGUACAUGACAGAUAUGUGUGUUUAUCUAAACAUAGUGAUUGUAGAGGUUGAUGUGGAGAGAAGCAGUGUUCUCCCCAGGGAUUUUUAACAAGGUGGUGCUGAGCAGAAAGGGGGCAGCUGUAACACCUGUAACUUUCAUUUCCUGCAAUCUAGAGCAACAAAAUUGCCUUAAAUUAUAAGUGCAAAAUAUUUAUACAGGACCUUCAGAAAGUAUCACACCCCUUGACUUAUUCCACAUUUUGUUCUUACAGCCUUUUCAAAAUGGAUUCAACAGAUUAUUGUUCUCACACAUAUACACACAAU